CGUGAAGGCGAGCCGGGCCGGCGCUCGGGUGCGCCCCCACGCGGAGGGGCGCUGGGGCCAUGGCGGCGCCCGCCGACCCGCGGCGGCUCUGGCGGCUGGUGCAGGAGGGCCGGCUGUGCGCCCUGCGCGAGGAGCUGCGGGGCGCGGCGCCCGCCGCCUGCCCUGGCCCGGCCGGGGACACCCUCCUGCACUGCGCCGCCCGCCACGGGCGUCGGGACGUGCUGGCCUAUCUGGCCGAGGCCUGGGACCUGGACAUCGAGGCCGCCAACCGCGACUACAAGCGGCCUCUGCACGAGGCUGCCUCCACGGGCCACCGGGACUGCGUGCGGUACCUGCUGGGCUGCGGAGCCGCGGUCGACUGCCUGAAGAAGGCCGACUGGACACCUCUGAUGAUGGCUUGCACGAGGAGGAAUCUUGGGGUGAUCCAAGACCUUGUAGAACAUGGCGCCAGCCCACUUCUGAAGAACAAAGAUGGCUGGAACAGUUUCCACAUUGCCAGCCGAGAAGGCGACCCUCUGAUCCUCCAGUACUUGCUCACUGUCUGCCCAGCUGCCUGGAGGACAGAGAGCAAAAUUGGGAGAACUCCUCUGCACACCGCAGCAAUGCAUGGCUGUUUAGAGGCAGUAAAGGUGCUUCUUCAGAGGUGCCAGUAUGAACCAGACUCCAGAGACAAGUGUGGCCUCACGCCCUUCAUGGAUGCCAUUCAGUGUGGUCACAUCGACGUAGCCAGGCUGCUCCUCGAAAAUCAUAAGGCUUGCAUUUCUGCUGAGGAUUCCCUGGGGGCCCAGGCUAUCCACAGGGCAGCAGUCACCGGGCAGAAUGAAGCCAUCCGAUUCUUGGUCUCUGAACUUGGCGUUGACGUGGAUGUGAGAGCAACAGUGACCCGCCUCACAGCUCUUCAUUAUGCGGCUAAGGAAGGUCAUGUGAGCACAGUUCAGACGCUCUUAUCCUUGGGUGCUGACCUCAGCUCUAAAGAUGACAGAAAUCGAUCAGCCCUGCACCUGGCCUGUGCAGGGCAGCACGCGGCUUGUGUCGAGUUUCUCCUGCGCUCUGGGCUAAGAGACUCUGCAGACAUCACGGGCGCCCUGGCUCAGCAGCUCGCACGGAGCACAGACAUCCUUCAUUGCUUCAAUCACAGCGUGACGACGUGAGGGUGUUUCUAAAGGAAGAUAAGACAGUGCAUGGUCAUAUCUCCUGUCCUAUGCCACCUGCCUACGAAGCCUGUGAUUGUUGAGGAAUGAACACUUGCAUAACUGUAAAAAAUUUUGCAGCAGCUUAAACAGAUUGAAGAUAGGAUGAAUCCCCAGGCAUUUGGAUUCUUUUCCUUUUCCUUUUAUUUUUUUGAUCAUUUUCUUUGAAUUGCAAAGAGUAAUUAUUAAUCCAAGUCAGUCUCUUAAAGAAUUGUAUGCAUCAGUCACAAGCAAGACUUAAUCCCCCGGCUCAGUGCAGUCCAGUAAGAACUGUUACACACCCACCUGUUCUCAGCAUCGUGCUAGGCUGGGUAAAUAGCAAGAAUUUCCACUUCUUCUUCAUUAUUCCCAGAUGGUGCUGGCUGAUUCCUAUCCCUAACAACCACACAAAUGUCCUGGCAGAAAAACAACUUGAUUAUAUAACCCUGUCUUGUGACCUCCAGAUCACACUCUACAUCUGCACUGAUUCCAGCAGCAACUGCUGUUUUCCUGUUGCUUCAGAGACAUCUUUGUGUUGCUUCAGGCCCUUCGGGUCUGAAGAUGGUCCUGUUAUGUGGAUCUUCACGUGUGCAGGGGGGAUGGAGGGGUCAGUCUGCUGCAGGCCUUCUUUGCCCCUCGGCACACACGGGAAGCAGCUUUUUGUUUGCAAUGACUACGUGCAAGAUCUGUUCACAUCUGUAGCUUUGCUUCCACCUGACAAAGUAGCGGGGAUUAUGGGCUCUCAGGCUACACUUUCCUUCUCCAGAAGUUCUUGAUUUCAUAAGCCCUUGUAGCACAGACCACGGCUGCUCGAUGCUGCUGAAGCUACUCGAAAGCCGGGAUGGCAGUGAUGAUGAUAACAAUUGUGGCAAAGAUGGUAGUCGUAAUCUGGUAAUUUAUGACUGUAAUAGUAAUGCAUUAAGAAUGCUAAUGACAAUAGUGAUAAUAAUUAGUAUUAUUCCCUCACUUCCUGAUUAUAGGUACUUUUCUCCCUUCCUUUGAGUCUUUACUUAAAAGUCACCUCAGUGAGGUCCUCCCAGGUCACCCGGUCUAAAAUUUUAUUCCCUUCUCCAGCAUUUUCUAUCUCCUUUCCCAGCUUGUUUUUUCUCCUUAACAUUUACCACUAUCAAAUAGACUAUACAUUUUGAGUUAUUUAUUUUGUUUACUGUCUGUCUCCCCCACUAGAAUGUAAGCUCCUUGAGCAGGGAUUUUUGUCUCUCUUGUUCACCCAUAGUGCCUGGCACAUGGUAAGGUUUUAAAUUAUUAUAUGGUCAGUGAGUGAGUGAUAAUAAUUUAUGUUUCUUGAACAUUUCCUAUGUCCUAGAUGCUGUGCUGAACGCCUUACCUAGAGGGGCUCAUUUCACCUCUUGACUCUUGCACCAUGCCGCGUCUCCUGAUCAUUAUUCUAUCUCUAGCAUCUUUUCUUAUCCAGACUUGUUUAAAGAAGAGUCUACACUUGGUUCCCUCAACUCACAGGCACUGCUCUCCCCACUGCCAUCUGGCUUCCUUGUGCUACUCUCUGUGGAUUAUUCUCUCUUAGGUUACCAGUGACUUCCUAAUUGCCAGAUCAAGCAAUAUAUUUUUAGCCCUUGUGUUACUGAUCCUUUCAGUUCAAUUGUCAAUCAUUCUCGCCUUCUGGAAGCUCUUUUCUUGUCACUUCUGAUGACACGCUCUUGGGUUUUUCUUUCUUU